AUGGCUUCCUCCAGCAGUCUCCUGUCUGAAGAUCAGUUCCUGUGUUCUGUCUGUCUGGAUGUGUUCACUGACCCUGUCUCCACUCCAUGUGGACACAACUUCUGUAUGACCUGUCUCAACACCUUCUGGGACAACACUGAACUCUGCUGCUGUCCACUCUGUAAAGAGAACUUUUGUAUUCGGCCUGAACUCAAGAUCAAUACAACACUCAGAGAAAUUGUAGAUCAGUUUAAGAAGAGUAGAGGCCUUGACAAGCCUGAGGUGCCCUGUGAUGUCUGCACUGGUAAAAGAAAGAGGUCUGUGAAGUCCUGUCUGGACUGUGGGUUGAGUUACUGUGAAACUCACCUAGAGCCUCAUAAAACUACAGCAAAACUCAAAAAACACAAACUGAUAAAUCCUGUGGAAAAACUGGAGGACUACAUAUGUCAGAAACAUGACAGACCCCUGGAGCUGUUCUGUAGAGAUGACCAGACAUGUGUGUGUCAGUUCUGUGCUGAAGGGGACCACAGGAAUCACUACAUAGUUCCUCUAGAGGAGGAGAGUGAGGAGAUGAGGUCUCAGCUGUGGAAAACACAGACAGAAGUGCAGCAGAUGAUCCAGGACAAACUGAAGAAGAUUAAAGAAAUCAGACACUCAGUACAGCUCUGCAAAAAAAACACGGAGAGAGAGGUAGCAGACAGUGUGGGUUUGUUCAGUGCUCUGAUUGGCUGUAUUAAGAGAAGCCAGGCUGAGCUGAUUGAGCUGAUGGAGGAGAAACAGAAAGCAGCAGAGAGGCAGGCUGAAGGUCUCAUUAAAGGGCUGGAGCAGGAGAUCACUGAGCUGAAGAGGAGAGACACUGAACUGGAGCAGCUCUCCCACUCUGAAGAUCACCUCCACCUCCUACAGGUUUACCCAACACUGUGCAGCCCUCCACACACCACACACUCCACUGACAUCAGUGCUGACACUCAUCUGUAUGUGAGCCCUCUAAACAAAAUUCUGGAACAGCUGGAGAAAUCAUUCAACAUGGAAAUGGGGAAAGUGUGUGAAAUAAAGAUGAAGAGAAUUAAACAGCAUGCAGUGGAUGUGACUCUGGAUCCUGAUACAGCCAAAUCCAGUCUCAUCCUGUCUGAUGACGGAAAACAAGUGACACAUGGAAACACACGAAAGAAUGUCCCUAACAACCCAGAGAGGUUUGAUUAUUGUAUCUGUGUCCUGGGAAAGGAGGGGUUCUCCUCAGGGAGGUUUUACUAUGAGGUGGAGGUCAGGGGGAAAACUGACUGGGAUUUAGGAGUGGUCAGAGAGUCCAUUAACAGGAAAGGAGAAAUUACUCUGAGUCCUGAGAAUGGAUACUGGACCAUAUGGCUGAGGAAUGGGAAUGAGUAUAAGGCCUGUGAACAUUUCCUUGUCCACCUCUCUCUGAGACAGAAGCCCCAGAAGGUGGGGGUGUUUGUGGAUUAUGAGGAGGGUCUGGUCUCCUUUUACGAUGUGGGGGCAAGUUCACUUAUCUACUCUUUUACUGGUCAGUCUUUCACUGACAAACUCUAUCCAUACCUCAGCCCUGAUCUUAAAAAAGAAGGUAAAAACACUGCACCAUUGAUCAUCCAUCCUUUGAGUUCAUCAUAUCUUGUAUGA